AUCAGAACGCGUGUUUUGUUACGUCUUGUCUGAAGCUACCUAUUUCUACAAUUGGUGACUGUCCACAGCUAUAGCAGAGACAGCCUGCUUCUGAAACUUAGCAACCGUGAACUCCCACAACAUUCAGGGAUGAAGGAGACCAUCUGUUAGAGGCCACUUGUAGCAACCUGAAGACAGUUUCAGCUGCAAAAGACAUAUGAUGACCUUCUUCUGGUUUUCAGGCCUGAAUUUGGGAAGGCAAGAAUCAAGAAGAGUUGGUCAAGACACAAGAUAGAGAGAAAACGUAUAUCCUAGCCUCUGUCCAACUCUGUAUCAGAAAUGGAACCAACUGAGGCCUCGAGCAACAAUAGUGACAGGAACUGUACAAUAGAAAACUUCAAGAAGGAAUUUUACCCCAUCGUAUACCUGGUAAUAUUCGUCUGGGGAGCCUUGGGGAAUGGCUUCUCCAUUUAUGUCUUGCUACAGACUUACAAGAAGUCCACAUCUGUAAACGUUUUCAUGCUCAACCUGGCCAUUUCCGACUUCCUGUUCAUAAGUACCCUGCCCUUCAGGGCUGACUAUUACUUAAGAGAGUCCAAUUGGAUAUUUGGGGAUCUGACCUGCAGAGUUAUGUCUUAUUCCUUGUAUGUCAACAUGUACACUAGCAUUUAUUUCCUAACUGUGCUGAGUGUUGUGCGUUUCCUGGCCACUGUCCACCCUUUCCAGCAGCUCCAUGUCACCAGCGUCAAGACUGCCUGGAUCCUCUGUGGGAUCAUAUGGGUUUUUAUCAUGGCUUCCUCGGCCAUGCUUCUGAAGAAUGGCUCUGAGAAGAAGAACAACAUUAUACUGUGCCUGGAGAUGAGUCCCCGGAAGUUUAAGAAGCUACUGAUCAUGAACCACAUUGCGUUGGUGGCAGGCUUCCUGCUCCCAUUUGCCAUACUGACCAUCUGCUACCUACUGAUCAUCCGGGUCUUGUUAAAGGUGGAGAUUCCAGAAUCGGGUCUUCGGGCUUCUCACAGGAAGGCCUUGGUUACCAUCAUCAUUGCCAUGAUCAUCUUCCUCCUGUGCUUCCUGCCUUACCAUGCACUGCGGACCCUCCACCUCGUCACAUGGAAAGCGGAUGCAUGUGGAGACGCGUUGCAUAAGGCCACGGUCAUCACGCUGGCCUUGGCUGCGACCAAUAGCUGCUUCAAUCCCUUUCUCUACUACUUUGCUGGGGAGAAUUUCAAAGAUCGAUUAAGGGAUGUAUUCAACAAAGAUUGUCUACGGAAGGCAAAGGCAAAGUGUUGCCUUCCUCGGAUAGAUGAAGAGCAGAAAUAA